AUGGAGCCAUUUCCACUUUUCAUUGAAAAGAGCACCGUGCCUCAGUCUUCCCCGUCACAACAGCUCUCCGGUUCCGGUGCGAAGAGUGCCGGAGAAGAGCACGAUCACCAAGUCAGCGCACCACCGCCCACCACAACGGUGCCUGCGCUACACUUUGGAUCGCCGUCGUCUGAGGGGCGACCGUUGAUGCCUACGGCUUCUGCCCACGAUGAAAGUGACGGCAGCGACAACCCUGCCGCUGAGCACCCUUCGAGCGGUUUCGCGGAGGAAAGUGUGCAGUGGACCAGACAGCGCAAUAGCGUUGACAAGAACCACGCUUCGUUAGCGGAAGAGGAGGAGGAGGGUGAGAACAAUGAAAGAGGUCGUCACGAGAUGCGGAUGGGUGACCCGCCGGCACUGCGACGCCCUUCUGCGCUCUUCGACACAGCGCUGGCCACCGAGGCGCUAUUUGCGCGUCUGCAGCAGGGCCAACAGCGGGUGCGCGAUCCACCGCCACCGCCGCCGCCGACUCGUCCCACGGAGAGUGAGCCACCCGCGCGGCAUGCGCCCUCCACUUCCAUUUCCUCUGUUCUCGGCCGCCCUCCGACGGCGCCCCUCGCCUCGGCUUCUGUUGCCGCCGCAGCGGCGAGCCCUUCCUCGUACGCCUCCACGCCUCCAAACCCGCACCCCACCCUGCAACGAGAGCUGUCUUCCCCUUCGUCUCCGCAGCGGGAGUCGUCGUCCUUCCGGGGCCUCCUGCGCAGUCCCUCGAACACCUCCACAACGGACUACGUGGACAUCGAGCACAAACAAAACGAGCUGCGCUACGCCGUCGAGCACCACGUCCGGUCGCUGGAGCGCUCGCUGGCGCUGCGGGACGAAGAGGCGGCCACCCUCACUUCCCGCCUGAGGAAGCUGGAGGAGGACUACCAGUUCAACUACAAUUUAAUUGCAGAGCGCGACGCCGCCCUAGAGGAGGCCUCGGCGCAGCUGCAGCGGCUUUACCGCGAGUUGAAGCGCCUCACCGAGGAGGCGGCGCGGACGGGCAAGAAGGUGGAAGUAGCGGAGGCGGAGCUGAAGGCGGCGCGGCACCGCGUGCGUGCGGUGGAGGAGGAGCGCGACGCCGCCGUCCGCCAGGUGCAGAAGGACUACGCCGUGAAGGAGCGGCACCUCUUGGACGGCAUUCGCGCCAAGGAAGCUGCGCUGGAGCAGGAGCAGAAGCAACAGCACGAAUGGUACAAGGAGCAAGCGCGGCUGCUGGAGGAGGAGCGCACCGCCCUCGCCGACCGCAGCGCGUCGAUCUCAGUGGAGGCGGAGGAGCGCUGUAAGCAGCAAGUGGACCGUCUCCAAAGCGAACUGACCGUCUUGCAGCGUGAACUGAAAGCUGCGCGGCAGACGAAGGUCGAUGAUGACCGACGAGUGGCCCUGUUGGAGGAGGCGAAGGGAGCGCUUCUCCACGAACUGCAGAUCCACCAAGAGCGUCACGAGGCUUCUCUGCAGGAGGCCGCCCUCGCCAAAAAGGAGGUGGAGGAGCGACUGGUGCGUGUGACGGCAGAGGCGGAGAAGCGGGCCACAGCGGCGGAGGCAGCGACGCGCGAGGAGAGCGCACGGGCGUCGCGCCUGGAGUUGGAGCGAACCUGCCUGCACGCAACGCUCGCCGAGGCGCAGGAGCGCAUCCAGCACCUGACGCUGCGCUUUGACGACGACGUCGCCCGCUACACCAAGGAGCGGCAGACGCUGCUGCGGCGCAACGACGACGCCGUGGCCGCGAAGGCAGCGGUGGAGCAGUCCCUGCAGGACACCCAGCGGGAGCUGGAGAAGCAGCGCCGCCUCGCCGCAGAGGACGCGGAGCGGCUCGGCAGCGAGCUCGAGCGAAGUCGCAGCGCGUGUGAGGCGGCCAAACUGGAGCUGGUGACCACGAAAGAGAAGUGCGAGAAGUGGGAGGCGGCGGCGGCGCGGCUGGAGGCGGAGGUGCGGCGGUGGAAGGGCGAGGAGGACAAGACGGCGACGAGCGGGCGGCAGGAGCGCUCGGCGUGGGAGGAGAAGUGCCGCCAGACAGAGAGGCAGGCCCAACUCGCACAGGAAGAGGCCGAGCAGGCCACGAAGCGUCAGCAGAUCGCGGUGGAGAAGGCGCGAGGAGAAGUUGUCCAUCUAACGCGGGAGCUGCACGCCAGCGAAGCCGCCCGCCGCACGCUGGAGGACCAGUUCCACCUGCUCGAGGAUUACAAGGAGGAGAGAAGCACCUUUCAGACGUUGCGGAUGGAGAAGGAGCAGCUGCAGAAGCGAGUGGUGGAGUUGGAGCGCGCCAACGAGGAGGUGCGUCAGCAGGUCGCCGCCUUCACGGUGGAGCUGCAAAACGAUCCCAUUCUCAAGGCAGCAAAGGAGUCGCAGCAGCGUCUGGUGGAGCUGCAGCAAGAGUUAGCCGAGGCGAAGGCGGACCAGCAGCUGUUGCGGGACACCGUGAAGGAAAAGGAGGAUGCGCUGGUGCGCUGCGAAACAGAAAUGCUACGCGUGCAAGUCCUCAUGGGCGACGAGCCGUCUACAGCCCUCGAUGCCCCUUCAGGCAACAACACUGCACACCUUGGCACGGCAGCGGGUGUGGGACUCAGUGACCAGGUCUCUCGCGCGCUGCAGCGGCAGCAACAGCAGAUGCGCUCCGAAUACAGCAAAAUGCGUCAGUCGUACGAGGAGAUGGUGCGCGAGCUCGACCUGCAGCGCCGUCGCCGCCGACACAGAUCAGCAGCGCCGGUGCCGCGCCCGUCCUCUGCCUCCUCUUCUUCCUCGGGCUCCUCGUCGACUACGGUGGCUUCUUCAAACGCCCACCGCAGCAAAAAACGCCUGCAUCGACAGAGUCGUGAGAAAAAGCACAAUGAUGCCAAUGCCGGUAACGUCGGGCAGAGCAGCGUGGCGCUUCCGCCCGUUCUUCCAGACUCCAAGGCUGCCUAUCUGACGCAGGAAACAGAGGUGUGGCGACAGCGGUGCGUGCAGCUGGAGCAGCAGCUGCACACCCUCCUCCGCGAGCGCGAUCAACUCAAGAAAGAGUUGCAGCUGGCAAAGCAGGACGUGGUGGCCCUCGGCACGGAAAAGCAGUCUUUGAUUGAUCUGAAUUCUCUCCUGAAGGCGCAACUGCGAGAGGCGUAUCGGAUGCGCGUCGGCGACGGUGAUGCACGCAGCAGCACCACCGCUGCCGAUUCCGCACCGUCAAAGAACCUGCGCAUUUCUCCGGAACUGCUCGCCGCGGCCUUGCAGGCGCUGGAGGAGAGCGAAAACGGUCGCAACACCGCGAAGUCCUCAACGCAAAGUCCUCAGCACCACAUUAACACGACAGGCGAUACAGCAGGAAACGAGAUAAGGCACAGCGCGGCUGCAGGACCCAACCGUGAGACACCUGUCGUACAUUCUACUCGAGGGUUUCGCGCGACGGCGACUGCGCAGCAGGUGUCGCCAGCAUCUGCCCCUGAUGGAGGUUUCACCGCUCAAGCAGCGCAGAAGCGUUUAGCCGCCUUGGAGAGAGAAAUCGACGACGUGCGAGGGCAACUGAACAGCACUGCAUCGUCCCAGCAGACACGGCAAGCCGUCGUGCGUCGCGGCAACGCAGCUGUGCGUCAUUACGGGUACGGCAGCUGA